AUGUCCUCUCGUUAUGAUGAUCGAGACUACCGCGGUGGCGAGCCUCGUCGAAGAGAACGAGACCGUGAGCGUGACCCCCGCGAGCGUGUUGAACCUACUGCCCGAGAAAGAAGGAUAAUAGACGACCACCACCCCGAACGAAGAGAAAGAGACACUCCAAUGUCUGAUGUCAUGGACAUUGGUAUUGACCGCCGUAUGGAAGCCCGCCCGGACCCCAGGAUGGAGCGCAUGGAUAUCGCAAGAGACCCAACAAGGGCCAACACUGCCAGGAGCAUCGAUCCCAUCCGGUCGGAACGAACCGUGGACAGCCGUAGUGUCGAGCCACCUGAAAGAAUGUAUACAGAUCCCGCCACUGGAAUAUCGACGAUGUACCGCCAAGUGCCCCAGAGCAGAUAUCCCCGUGAAGACCGUGAUUACCUUGAUCCUGUUCCUCCCAGUCGUCGUAUACCAAUGGACGCAACCAUGAGGGAUGAACCCUCAAGGCCACAACUUCAACUCUCCGAGUUCUGGUGCCCAGGAGAAGGGAUCGAACGAGAAGUGAUCCAACACGAAAUUUGCAAAUUCCUUGGCCAGGAUGCCACAUGUCGUCCCGGCGUCGAUAAUCGAGGACGUUCGGGCUACUGGGUUAGAGCAUAUCGCGCACUUACGACGGCGAUGGAGCAGAGCCUCCGCGAUGAAUCUGAGAGAUGGCUACGCGAAAAAGAUCGAAGGCGACGACAGGGUGAAACCCGAGGUAUGGGCCGUACGACACCUCCAGCAAUCGAGUCUAAGGCUCGGGCAGGUUCCUAUGCCGACUUGGCAGAUUCGCAAGAAAGGACCCAAGACCGCAGGCGCUUCCCACAACCUGGAGACAUGGACCUUGACGAGGAUGAUUAUCGUGCGCCCCUCAGGCAUCGUGAACCCCGUGAGCGUGAGCGUGAACGUGAGCGUGACCUGGAACCUCCUCGCCCAGUGGCCACUGGCCGCAUUCCAGUCACUACUGGCUAUCCUCCGGAACCUGGAUAUACUCAAUAUGCCAUUUCUUCUCAACCGUCAGGAUACCCUCCGGGCCAACCGGCAUACUACGGAGUAGAAAGAGAACCAAGGACUUUGCAUGGCGGCAAUACGACGCCACCAACAUCAGCCAUUAGCCGAGCCGCACCAUCAGCUGGCUAUCCCCCGGUCGGAUACCCAGCAAGGACAGCACCGUCUGUCACCCAGUCGAUAUCCGCAUCUUAUGAUGGGCGAGGGAGGGACCUAAUGGGUGGUCCGUAUCCCCCCGGCUACCCAGAGACACGUACCACCAGAAGAUGA